AUGGCAAUCUGGACUGUUGUGAUAUUUCUGGUGGCGUUCGUCGGGGGUCAGGCGCUCGCCGACGACACCGAUUUCACUUUCCCUGAAAUCGCUCGCGAGCGCUCCCUGCCGGGUUCUAGAAUUGUAUCAGGAUGGGAGGCGAGUGAAGGCCAGUUCCCUUACCAGCUCUCGAUUCGUAUGGUCAGUACUGUGGGAGGAGUGAACGCCUGCGGAGCCACCAUCAUUCAUAGCAACUGGGGACUCACAGCUGCUCACUGCACCGGUUUGCGUGUAACAAUCAUCGUCCGAGCUGGAGCAGUGAACCUGACCCGUCCCGGCUUGCUCUUCGAGACCACUAAGUACAUAAAUCAUCCUGAGUACAGCGAAAAUUUGAACGUAGUGCAGCCUCAUGAUAUUGGUCUAAUAGACUUUGGCAGAAAACUAGAGUUUAAUGAUUACAUUCAGCCAAUCAGACUGCAGAGAUCCGCGGAUAAAGAUCGUAAUUACGACAAUGUCAGACUUGUCGCCAGCGGAUGGGGUCGCACCUGGACCGGAAGCGCAUCUCCGGAGAACCUGAACUGGGUGUUCUUGAACGGAAUAUCGAAUCUGCGUUGUAUGGUGGCCUACAACUUCAGUCCCACCAUUCAGCCCUCCACCAUUUGCACGCUUGGCUACAACGACACUACGCAGUCCACUUGCCAGGGUGACAGCGGUGGUCCUCUGACAGUGAUCGAUGAAGACGGCCAAAUCACACAAGUAGGAGUCACUUCGUUCGUGUCCAGCGAAGGCUGCCACGUGGAUAUACCUGCAGGUUUUAUCCGGCCCGGCCACUACCUCGACUGGUUUAAGACGGUCACCGGUUUAGAUUUCGAUUGGACAUCGAGCACAACAGAAGCACCUGAGACAACAGAAACACCCGGCGCAACAGAAGCGCCUGUGACAACAGAAGCUCCCGAGGCCACAGAAGCACCCGUGACCACAGAAGCACCCGGCGCAACAGAAGCACCCAACACAACUGAAGCACCCGACGCAACAGAAGCACCCGUGACCACAGAAGCACCCGAGAUAACAGAAGCACCUUACACAACAGAAACACCCGAGACCCCAGAAACCAGAUACCGAAACUUCGGCACCGCUUUUUGA